UCCUCCCUCCCUUCCCCCGACCGAACACGAAAGAGUGAGAUACACAAGCGUCAAGCCAGCUUGUUAUAGAUUUUCUAAAAACUUAAACACUGAGCGUGUAUCCUUAACACAUUGAAGUGAAUACAGUGCAGCGUGCAAAGUUAGCCUUGCUCCAUUAUCCCCCGUAAAAUUCGCUGUAGUUAUCAUCAUAGAAUAUCAAGUUUGGAAAAUGCCGGCGAGCAACAUCGGUUCAUCAUACCUGCAGGACGCCAGAAAUAAUUUCGACGCCGUGCGACCCGCCCCAAUUUGCACUGAUGCCAAUCAAUCAAUAGGCCAAUGUCAGAAUGUACAUAUAUCCACCAAUUGCUAUUAUGGUUACCACGAUCUAAAAAGGUCCGAAGACAACCACGUUGACACAGAUUGCGAAAUGAUGGAACUUCCAGAGAGAACGCCCUCCAAAACGACGACUUCAAGGAAGCGGAGCGCCGAUGAAGAAGAGUUUCCUCAACGCAAACGCAUCCGAGAAGAAGUACAAAGAGAGAAAACCAUUGAACCUGAGACAAAUGAGACAGUGAAAUUGGAUUCAAGUGCCGAAGAUAUCAGUGUCAUGGAAUCAUUAUAUUGGAACAUUCAUGGAGGAAAUAUUUUUCAUUUGAUACAGUGUCUGUGACUCCUAUUUGUGUGUGAUAUUUUUAAGACUAAAAUGAUUGGGACUUUAAGAAAUAUAAUAUGAUACAUUUUUGUACACUUUAAAUAUGCUUAUGUUUCUUUACAAUUAGUGUAAGUUUUUUUUUUAAUAAAAGUAUAAUAGGUCAAAGGGUGGAUGUUUUUUUAAAUAUAAAAGUAUUUGUUUAAGAUUAUUUAUUAAUAUAUAUUAUAUAUAUUACACAAAGUAUUUAUGACAAGAGUAGUUCAAUAAUAUAAUAGUGGGAUACAAUAAUAAUAGUCAUUCAGUAAUACUAGUUUCAUCAGGGAGUCAUCAAAGUUCUCAGUUCAAUCUGAAAAAAAAAGAAAACACUAAUUAUUUCAAUUUGCUUUGUUUUUCUGUUACAGGUGGUGUAAGAAGCUUUAAUUUAUGUAUUUCUCUUUCAGUUGAAGCUCAAACAAUGUAAAAGCCAAAAUGGCUUAGUUUGGGUUUUUGUUCCAUUUGUACUAGUGUAAUAACUUCACCUUUUUGUUUUUCAGAUGAUUCUUCCAUGUGCAGCCUUGUUGGCACACGGUCAAGUCCAAGCCACUCAGCUUCCGCCUUUAAUGUAAACAUACCAACAAUUUACACUUUGUCUUUAACAUACAAAUUGGUAUUUAAUGUUCAGGUUGUAUACAUAGAUUAAAAUCAUAGGUUUAUUACCAAAACCUCUGUCUGUGAUAUAAUGUCUUUGUACCUGAUAAUGCUAAUGUAAUAAAUACUUGGAAAUCUAUAA